AUGACCAACUCCACCGAUCCCGCGACCUUUCCAUGCACACUCACCCUCAACAUCCCGUUCCCGACCCCCACCCACGCCACCAACGCCCAGCGCGCCCUCGCCGUCGACGAGGAGCUCUCCUCCCUCGUCAAGCGCUCGCUCUCCGUCUCUCCCGACACCCCAACCGUGCUCGACGUGCACUAUGCCGCUACGACGAACCGGAUGCUGCGCGUAGCCGUGAACGGCUUCUUCGACAGCCUGGGCGUCGUGUUGGGCGUGAUGGAAGAACUGGACGUGGAUACGGUCUUGAAGGAGGGCAAGGAGAGCGUCGAGGGUGCGCAGGGUCUGAUGCCGGUGAAGGAUAGCGUCGCUGGUUGA